AUGACUCGUCUUGGUAGCAAGGUAGUCAAAUAUGAGCGUCUUGGCUCACCGGCGGCAAGCUUGAUAUCAGACAAUACCAUGCCGCCGCCAUCUCCUAGCCCGCUAAAGCGGAAAACGCCUCCAACUGAAUAUCUACCUGAUAAUCAGUCUGUAGCCAGAUCAUUCAUUAGGUCUCAUGCUCCUAGCGCUGAGACGUGGCAACGACGCGACGACGACGUGGAACCUAUUUUUAUGGAAAUGAGACGCCUGCCUGAUAGUUUCAAACAAGGGUCUCCGGUUUCCCAGACUGCCGACGCCAGUUUUGCCCAUCAGAGCUUCGCUCACCCAACGUUCACCGACAUUGGCCUAAAGCAGAAGGCCUGCAAUGACACGCUUGGUGAUCUUCAGACGCUGGGAGUAUCUCAUGUGGCCGCUCUGCCCGAGCUGGUCCUCGUUGGCGACCAGUCUGCUGGAAAAUCCAGCUUGAUGUCUGGUCUAGCACGGGUUAACCUCCCGCGGAGCGCCGGCGUCUGUACGCGCUGCCCGCUUCACAUUCGUCUGAUCAGUAGCAAGGUUGACCACUGGUCAUGCAGCGUAUCUCUUCAGCGAGACUAUGACUUCCGGCCUCUCCCGGAUCGGAAGCCUAAGACUUCGGACGUUACCGCGGCGAACCCCUUUCCCCCCUGGGUUAAGAUGACCCAUCGGGACACCAAGCCGUUCAAGACCAUUUUCGAUCCAUCUGAAAUUGAAGAAGUUCUUCGAUGGGCUCAAGUCGCCAUAUUGAACCACAACCGGAACUUCGAACUCUUUAUCCCUGGCGAAGGUGCCAUGGCCAAACAAGAAUCCCUUGACACGGCCGCUCGUGAAACAGAUGCCCAGUUCUCUCCCAAUAUAGUCGCAUUGGAGAUUAAGGGCCCUGGCCUUCCCGAUCUAAGCUUUUAUGACCUACCCGGUGUAUUCCAGUCACCAGAAAAGGAAGAGGAUGAGUACGUAGUGAAGGUAGUCGAGAAGCUAACCCUCGAGUAUAUCAAAAGGGAGAAAGCGAUCAUCAUGUGGGCUCUUCCUAUGAACGUCGACUUGGAGAAUUCCACCUGCUUGGGUAUCAUUCGCAAGGCCAAAGCAGCACCCCGAACAAUCGGUGUCAUGACCAAAGCAGACCAACUCCCUCCUCAGAACAUUCCUAAUUGGUUAGCUAUGUUCCGAGGAGAAAAACAGUUGGUUGGACAGGGCUUCUUCGCUACGUCGCGACCGCCAAGCCAACCUCUCGAAGAUGCUGCAAAAUGGGAAGAACUCUUUUUCAACCGGCAAGUGGAUGGUAAUAGCCCAUGGCCGAUCGAAUUUGCUGAUUUUGCCGGUCGUUGCGGUGUUGAGGUGCUGCUAAACUUCCUGUCCGGAAAACUCACAGAGGCUUUUGCCAGAAGCCUACCCUCCAUCAAGGAGACGGUGCAUAGGCGUAUCAUCACCAUCAAAGAAGAACUGGAUGCUCUCCCUGAACUUCCUGCGAAUGUAGAACACGAAGUCAAGAGGAGUCUGUUCAAAUUCCUAGAGCAAGUAAAAACUGCUAUAAGGAACACCGGAUUCUCUUCCGAAUGGAAUACCUUGAAUAGCCAAUUCCAGACUUGCGUGUUCAGAAUGAAGCCGACUUGUAAGGUCAAGGACUCGGAACUUCAAACUAUCGACAUUUCUGGUGGUGAUUCAGAAGUUGCAACGCCCAGUCCUUCAAAGAGGCCACGCCCCAGCGACUCAACUAUGCGGAAUGUUUCUACACCAACCAGGAGGCCGCGCCAGGACAGCGUCGCUACCCCAGUGAAGCAUGAGGAGUUCGCAACAAGCAGCCUAUCCCGUGCCUCAUCUGUCAUGGGCGCGCCGGAAUCGCGGCAGAGCCCAUUCGUCAAGUAUUUCAACCGCGGCCGGUGCGCGAUGGACAUCAAAGAUAUACGUAACAGGAUACUGAGAACCAAGCGACCUGGCAUGCCACGAGACUUAGUCCCAGACGAGGUUCGCGAGACUUUGUGCCUAGACGCCGUCAAGAAGUGGGAGGAGCCACUAGACACUUACAUUCUCAAGACGGCAGAGCUCUUAGAGAAGACUGCUAACGCCGCUCUCGAGGAGUCUCUCGGUGUGUUACGCCGUCGUCUGAUUUUUAAGGACUGCCAGGACCACCUGAGACAAUUUAUCGAAGAGGCAGUCGCUUCACAGAGAGCGCGUCUCUCAGACAUGUUCAACUCUGAGACAUACCAGCUCUAUAUGAUGAACGACGAUGCCUUUCACCGUUAUAAAGCGCAGGAGAUGAGCCAGCUUCUACGCGUGCGGGGAAUAAUCCGUUUGAAGUCUUUUAGUAUGAUCGAUUGGGAUUAUACUGCUAAGAGGCUGGAAGAUAUGUCGGAGGAAGACAAGAUCAAAGAACGCAAAAUGCUCGACGCCAACCUUCCCAAGCUUGGAAAAGACCCGUAUGACACCGAAAUCGAGGUGGCGGGGUUUGUCCGUGGUUACUACAUGAUGGCCGCGGCAAGAUUCGUAGAAGGAGUAACGAUGAACGUCAAUUCAAACCUCUUGCGUACGUUUAGAGAACAACAGCUAGACAUGGCUCUGGAUGAGAAGUUUCAUAUCUACAGUCACUCUGAUCCGAGUCAGUACAAUAGGUUGAUGGAAGAGGAUGACAGAACGGCGAAGAGGAGGCUACGACUCAAGGGAGAGAUGGACAAGCUGUUGAGGGCCAUGCAGAGUAUCAACGAGCUAGGGAGCUUUUCCGGCGAUGCUAUUGACGCGCACAGUUCUAGCGGUGUCCACGGUACAAGCGCCGACCACCUCCACGGCACCGUCGAGUCUGACUGCGAAAUGGACGAUGCCGUAUUGUGA